UGUGAUUCGGAUCGCUGGCUGAUCCACAAUGGCGAAUUAACUCGAUAUUAUUCUUACAUCGGCUCGACAAUAUUAUUAGUCGGUUGCAAUGAUGUACAGACUGGCCAUCGGUGCUCUAUGUACAUUCUGCGUCUGCGCAGUGACCGCCAUCGAAGAUUUUAAUACAAGCAGCGAAGUUGUGUAUGUAACAAGAGUUAAUAAGAAUGGUGACGUCGAAUACAUAAGCGAAGACCUGAUGCGUCGGCUCGAUGAGGAAGCUGAGAAUUGGCACUGGACACCUUGGAUCAGAACAAGAACACAGGUUGUCGACAAAUAUGUCACAGACAUUACAUGUUUCUCUGAAAAUUCCAUUGACAGUUUUCCGCCUGGAAUCUUUGAUGAUGUACAACUGCGACAGGGUGGGUUCAUGUUAUACGUUCUUUUUGGCCUCUACGCGUUCACGUUACUAGCUAUUGUGUGCAACGAUUAUUUCAUUCCGUGUGUGGAACUCAUUUGCGAAGAUCUGAAGAUACCACAGAAUGUAGCGGCUGCAACAUUUAUGUCAGUCGCGACUUCAUGCCCAGAAUUCUUCGUGAACGUUAUUUCGACCUUCCUUACGCAGUCUGAUAUGGGAAUCGGUACUAUUGUCGGUUCGGCUCUGUUCAACAUUCUUGGUGUUGCCGCUAUAGGAAGCCUGGCUGCUGCAUCGCCUAUCAAGAUUGAUCGUCGGCCGGUAACAAGAGAUGCAUUAAUUUAUAUGAUCAAUGUAAGCGUACUAGUGGUUAUCGUAUGGGAUGGAGAGGUGAUAUGGUAUGAAGCUCUAGUCCUAGGGCUCUUAUACAUCAUAUAUUUCUUCGUGAUGUUCAACAGUAUGAAGCUAUUUGCACUCUAUGAUAAAAUUGUCGGAUGCUGCUGCCGAAAGCCUGAAUAUGUCGUCAACGAAGUGGACAAGUCGACUGAAGAUGGUAUUGACAACAAAGCAUUUAGUUCUGAAAAUAUUUCAAAUGGCAACACUGUUACGGACAAACAGAUAGAAGAAAAAGUUGAAGAAAAACCAACAAAAUCAAUAUUCAGAUUUCCAAGUAAAAAAUCGCUGCUUUAUAAAAUAUGGUGGCUCUACAGCUGGCCUCUAAGACUAGUGUUAUCCUGCACAAUACCUUCACCAGUUACGCACCGGAGAUUUUAUCCUAUCUCAUUUAUUAUGUGUAUUGUUUGGAUUGGUGGAAAUUCAUACUUCGUAUCUUGGAGUAUGACUGUCUUAGGGCACACAUUUUUGAUUCCGGAUUCGGUAAUGGGAAUGACGUUUUUGGCCUUCGGAGGAUGUUUGCCAGAGGCACUAUCGAUCUAUAUAAUGUCCCGACGAGGUGAAGGCGGUAUAGGAGUUUCCAACGCUUUGGGAGCAAAUUCCUUGGCAAUACUCUUCGCUCUCGGAAUGCCAUGGAUGAUACAAACCCUAACAUUCCUCGUCCAGGGCUCGGAGAUCACUUCUGUAUACAUUAACUCUGGGGGCAUAGAUUUCGUGGUCGCCUCUCUGCUCCUAGCCGUAGCUGCCCUCUGGGCUGUCUUGUACAUUGGAAAAUUCCACCUUCGCCGAAGUGUGGGCAUUGUUCUUAUUUGUUUUUACUUUGCAUUUAUUACAUUUGCAAUUUUAUUAGAAAUGGAAAUUAUUUUUCCGUCUGCUUUGAUUUGUUGAUGAACAAUUUAGAAUCGUGUUAAACUUGUAGAACGACGGCUUUGUUUCUGUUAAUAUUAAUAAUACUAUGCGUAGAGUUAACCAAAAUAAAUAUUUUUACGUAAUGAAUUUAUUAAUAGGCGCUGCCUGGUCGGAUUUGUAAAUAUUGUAUAGUAAUUGUUAAGUUUUACAAAUUAAAUUUGAUACCCGAGGCUAAGAAUGUAUAUAGCAUAUAGAUAAAAAUACUUUGAGACAUGUGACACGCGACGAUCACACGAUGUCUACGAUCCAAACUCAUGCUUGGACUUGUUGUUAACUCCGUGUUUGUUUGGAUAUGAUAACUCAUCCCUGUGGUCGUUCAUACCGUAGUAUUUUUGUCUAGAGUGAUUGACACUUGGUUUUAAUCGGUGGUUACUGGUAAAACCCAUCACAAACAGGCGACGUCUUCGAUUUUUAAAGACGCAUUCUUUAUCGCUCGUUUAAUGUGAUGGCUUUAAUAAAUGGAGGAAUUUAAGAAGAUCUGAUUAAACGUAUGAGAAGGAAUAAAUUGAUCGAACGGUCUCGAUCAUAGGUUGUAUUGUCUUGUUUUAUCGUGGACAGAUUUCAAGACAUCGAUUGUUAAAGGAAAAUAUAUUUCUCCCAAAAAUAAUUAGAAAAAUAAAAAUAUUCUGACUUUUC